CGGGUUGGGUACGGACCCCGCCCCCGGGCAGCAGGGUCGCCCCGCCCCGCUCUCACUCCGAGAAGUUUCCCAGGGUCCGGGAACGAGCAGCAGGAGGAGGCGCCGCCGCGCUUUCGGUGUCUUGGUGUUUGGCUGGAGCCUGAACUCGGCCCCUUCCAUGGAUCUAUAGGGCGGCAGGGGCAGCAGAAGCCGGACUUGGGGGGGAAUGGGCUUGGUGUCCCGGCCCGGGGGCCCAGGGUGGGCAUGGCUGGGCUGUAGCCUUCUGUGCAUUUCGCUACUGGCGCGGCUGGCACUGGGAGCAGCCGUACAGUGCUUGGAUGGCGACAAGCCCUGUGAGAAUGGUGGGAGCUGUGUUGUUUACUCCAAUGGGAUUGCUGCCUGCAUAUGCCAGCCUGGACUGAUUGGAGAGCACUGCCAGUUUCAAGACCCUUGCCACCAGUCACCCUGUGCCAAUGGAGGCUCAUGUGAAAGCACCCUGCGUGAUGGCACUGUGCACUACCAGUGCACCUGUCCCAAGGGCUUCCGAGGUCAAGACUGCUCUCUGUUUGAUGCAUGUGCCAGCAAGCCUUGUGUCAAUGGUGGCCGCUGCACCAACUGGAAUGGCCGCUACAACUGUACAUGCCCAUCAGGCUACCAGGGCCGCAACUGCCGGAGUGAUGUGGAUGAAUGUCGGGUGCCUGGUGUAUGCCAGCAUGGGGGUACCUGUAUCAAUACACCUGGCUCAUUCCGCUGCCAAUGCCAGGCUGGCUACACAGGGCAGCUCUGUGAGAGCAUCUCCACACCUUGUGCUCCCUCUCAGUGUCUCAAUGGGGGCACUUGCCGCCAGACAGGAGAACUCAGCUAUGAGUGUGCUUGCUUACCUGGUUUUGAGGGACACAACUGUGAGAUUAACAUAGACGAUUGUCCGGACCACAUGUGCAUGAAUGGAGGCACUUGUGUGGAUGGUGUCAACACUUACAACUGCCAGUGCCCUCCAGAGUGGACAGGCCAGUUCUGCACUGAGGAUGUGGAUGAGUGUCAGCUGCAGCCCAACGCCUGCCACAAUGGGGGCACUUGCUUCAAUACCAAUGGGGGUCAUUCAUGCGUCUGUGUCAACGGCUGGACAGGAGAGAGCUGCAGUGAGAACAUUGAUGACUGUCAAACAGCCGUCUGCUUCCAUGGUGCUACAUGCCAUGAUCGUGUGGCUUCCUUCUACUGCGCAUGUCCUAUGGGCAAGACAGGCCUUCUCUGUCACUUGGAUGAUGCCUGUGUCAGUAACCCUUGCCAUGAGGAUGCCAUUUGUGACACCAAUCCAAUGAAUGGCCGUGCCAUCUGCACCUGCCCACCAGGUUUCACUGGAGGAGCCUGCGACCAAGAUGUGGAUGAGUGCUCCAUUGGAGCCAAUCCGUGUGAGCACUUUGGCAAAUGUGUGAACACACAAGGCUCCUUCCAGUGCCAGUGUGGGCGUGGCUACACAGGUCCACGCUGUGAGACAGACAUCAACGAGUGCCUCUCUAUGCCUUGCCAGAAUGAUGCUACCUGCCUUGACCGUAUUGGUGAAUUUACCUGCAUUUGCAUGUCAGGUUUCAGUGGUACUUACUGUGAGAUUAACAUCAAUGAGUGUGAGAGUAAUCCCUGUGUCAAUGGUGGUGUCUGUAAGGAUAUUGUCAAUGGAUUCAGCUGUACCUGCCCCUCAGGCUUCUCAGGCUCCAUGUGCCAGAUUGACAUUGAUGAGUGUGCCAGCACACCAUGCCAGAAUGGUGCCAAGUGUGUGGACCGGCCCAAUGCCUAUGAGUGUCGUUGUACAGAAGGGUUUGAGGGACGUCUGUGUGAAAGGAACAUUGACGACUGCUCUCCAGACCCCUGCCACCAUGGCAUUUGUGUGGAUGGGAUUGCCAGUUUCACCUGCACUUGUGUAGCUGGUUACACUGGGUACCGCUGUGAAAACCAGAUCAAUGAGUGCCACAGCAAUCCCUGUCAGCAUGGUGGCAAGUGCAUUGACCUGGUGAAUAAGUACCUGUGCCACUGCCUGCCAGGAACCUCAGGUGCCAACUGUGAGAUAAACUUUGAUGACUGUGCCAGCAACCCCUGUGAUUAUGGCAUCUGCCAUGAUGGCAUCAAUCGUUAUGACUGCAUCUGCAAAUCUGGCUUCACAGGUCCCCUGUGCAAUGUGGAGAUUAAUGAAUGUGCAUCCAACCCCUGCAAGAACGGCGGCACCUGUGUGGAUGGUGAAGACAGGUUCUCUUGCCUUUGCCCUGAGGGUUUCCAUGAUCCACAUUGCUAUUCAGAGGUGGAUGAGUGCAGCAGCAGCCCCUGUGUGCGUGGCACAUGCCACGAUGACAUCAAUGGGUAUCAAUGUGAGUGUGAGCCAGGCUGGGCUGGCACCAACUGUGAUGUGAACCGCAAUGAGUGUGAAUCCAAUCCAUGCCAGCAUGGAGGGACAUGCACUGACUAUGUCAAUGGCUAUCGCUGCAAGUGCAAAGAAGGCUUCCAUGGGACUUACUGCCAGACCAACAUAAAUGACUGUGCCUCCAGCCCUUGUCUCAACAAGGGCACCUGCAUUGAUGGUAUUGCCAGCUAUGCCUGCCUCUGUGACUUGCCUUACACUGGCCGGAAUUGUGAGAAUGUGCUAGCCCCCUGUUUCCCCAAUCCAUGUAAGAACAAUGGUGUCUGUGACCACACGCCUGACUAUGAGGGCUUCACCUGCGGUUGUGCACCAGGCUGGCAAGGACAGCAAUGCCACGUUGAUAUUAAUGAAUGUGAUCAGAACCCGUGUCGAAACAAGGGCACCUGCACCAACACACUUGGCAGUUAUAGAUGUGCCUGCCGUCCUGGUUACACUGGCACCAACUGUGAUAUGGAUAUAGAUGACUGCACACCAAAUCCUUGCCUGAAUGGUGGCUCCUGCCAGGAUGGCAUCAGUACCUUCACGUGCACCUGCCUGCCAGGCUUCACAGGUGUACACUGUGCAACUGAGACCAACGAGUGUCUGAGCAACCCCUGCCGCAACGGGGCCACCUGCACAGACUAUGUCAACAGCUACACUUGCACUUGUGCACCAGGCUGGGCUGGCCUACACUGUGAGCACAAUGUGCAGGAAUGCACUGACAGCUCCUGCUUCAAUGGUGGCACAUGCUUGGAUGGAGUGAAUUCAUUCACAUGCCACUGCCAUGCUGGCUUUAAAGGAUCCCACUGCCAGCAUGAGAUUGAUGAAUGCCAGUCACAGCCCUGCCUCAAUGGUGGUGUGUGCCAGGAUGGUGUGCAGUCCUACCGCUGUACCUGCCCUCAAGGCUACACGGGUCCUCAGUGCCAGACCCUGCUGGAUUUGUGCAGUCGCUCCCCCUGUCAAAAUGGUGGCCGCUGUGUGCAGACAGGCACUACUUUGUCCUGUGAUUGCCCUGGAGGCUGGACUGGUCGUUACUGUGACAUCCCCAAUGUUUCUUGUGAAGUGGUGGCCAGAAAUCGAGGUGUGAUGAAAGAGCAAGUGUGUCAUUAUGGUGGCCGUUGUGUGGAUGCUGGCAAUACUCACUACUGUAUUUGCAAGAAAAGCUACACUGGCAGCUACUGUGAAAGUGAAGUCAACCACUGCCAGCACAACCUGUGUCAGAAUGGGGGCACCUGUCGCAAUUUUGUGGGAGGCUACGCCUGUGAGUGUCCACUAGGCUUUGAGGGGAAAAACUGUGAGUAUGACAUUGAUGAGUGUCAGUCACACCCCUGCCAAAAUGGAGGGACUUGCAUUGAUCUUACUGGUCACUACAUUUGUUCUUGUCCACCAGGAACUCUGGGUGUCCUGUGCGAAAUAAAUGAAGAUGAUUGUGCUAUGAAUCCUGGCACCCGGGUCCCCAAAUGCCUGAACAAUGGAACAUGUGUGGACAGAGUAGGUGGCUACCGAUGCAGCUGCCCACCAGGUUUUACAGGCGAGCGCUGUGAGGGAGACAUAAAUGAGUGCCAAUCCAAUCACUGCCACCCACGCAACACACUUGACUGCGUUCAGGAAGCCAGUGACUACCACUGCAUAUGCAAGCCAGGCUAUACUGGCCGCCAUUGCAAGAACAUUGUGAAUGCAUGUGAGUCUCAACCUUGCCAGAAUGGUGGGAAGUGUAACCCGGCAGUGAACCUGCCCCUAGGAUACACCUGUCACUGUCCCCGAGGCUAUUCAGGCAUCCACUGUGAGCGUGUGCUCUCCUGCCGGGAACUCUCCUGCUUCAACGGUGGCAGCUGCCGGACCUUGGCGCUGGGUGCUCGCUGCUUCUGCCUGCCCGGGUGGGCUGGACCUGACUGUCGCCUGCGUGCCAACAGCAGCUGUGCGAGCCUGCCCUGCCACAAUGGGGGUGCCUGCCAUGAGAUUCCUGACCCCCCUUAUUUCCAGUGCCUUUGUCUUGGUGAUUACACGGGCUUCCAUUGCCAGACCCCACGUCACCUGCAGCCCCCUAAGCCCCCAGAGCUCCAUUGCCCACUGAAGGAGUGUGCUGCAAAGGCUGGGGAUUCCUACUGUGACAAGAUGUGCAAUAGUCCAGCCUGCCACUGGGAUGGGGGUGACUGUUCCCUGCUAGUGGAUGACCCCUGGAAGCAAUGUGAGACCCCCCAGUGCUGGCAGUACUUCAACAACAGCCAGUGUGAUGAGAUGUGCAACACUGUUGAGUGCCUUUAUGACAACUUUGACUGCAAGAAUCAUGAGCCCAGCUGCAACCCUGUUUAUGAGAAGUACUGCUCGGAUCACUUUGCCGAUGGGCGUUGUGACCAGGGCUGUAACAAUGAAGAGUGUGGCUGGGAUGGGCUGGACUGUGCUCGAGAAGUGCCUGAGCACUUGGCGAAUGGUGUUCUGGUCAUCACUGUGCUGCUGCACCCCGAUGAAUUGCUCCGCACAAGCACCAUCUUCCUGCAGAAACUGAGUGCCAUUUUGCGAACUUCCUUGCGCUUCUGCCUUGAUGAGAACGGCAACUACAUGAUCAAGCCAUAUUAUGGGUCUGUCAGUCGUCCGCCAUAUUAUGGGUCUGGUGGUCGGCAACGCAGGGAACUGGAACUAGAGAUUAUUGGGUCUGAGGUUACUCUCGAGAUUGAUAAUCGCCUCUGCUACCAAGCUUCAGACAAGUGCUUCCCUGAUGCAGAAAGUGCUGCUGACUACCUUGCUGCCCUGUCAGCUGUAGAGCGCCUAGAGUUCCCAUACCCCCUCAAGGCUGUAAGAGGUGAACAGAUCCCUAAGCAGGACUCACUCAAGUUGGUGCCAUUGCUGGUGGUAGCAGCCCUGAUUCUCCUGGUGAUCCUGGUGCUGGGUGUGUUGGUGGCACGGCGCAAAAGAGAGCAUAGCACCCUCUGGUUUCCGGAAGGCUUCAGUCUGAAGAAAGAGAGUAGCAAUAAGAACCGGCGUGAGCCUGUGGGUCAGGAUGCCCUAGGCAUGAAGAAUAUUGGCAAAGGAGAGAGCCUAAUACCAGACUGCUCAGAAGACUGGCUGGAUACAGAGUGCCCAGAGGCCAAGCGACUAAAGGUGGAGGAGCCAGCCAUAGACUGUGAAGACCCUGUGGACUGCCGCCAAUGGACACAGCACCACUUGGUGGCAGCAGACAUCCGCAUGCCACCAUCUAUGGCCCUGACACCACCCCAGGGUGAAUUUGAUACUGACUGUAUGGACGUCAAUGUCCGUGGACCAGAUGGCUUUACUCCACUUAUGUUGGCCUCCUUUUGUGGUGGUGGCAUGGAGACUAAUGUGCCUGAGGAAGAAGAAGCAGAUGACUCCUCUGCCAACAUCAUCUCAGACCUAAUCUGCCAAGGGGCUAACCUGAGUGCCCAGACAGACCGCACAGGUGAAACUGCACUGCACUUGGCUGCCAGAUAUGCACGGGCAGAUGCUGCCAAGCGUUUGCUGGAUGCUGGUGCUGACACCAAUGCGCAGGACAACACAGGACGUACACCACUUCAUGCUGCUGUGACUGCUGAUGCCCAAGGGGUCUUCCAGAUCCUGAUCCGGAAUCGAUCUACAGAUUUAGAUGCCCGAAUGGGGGAUGGUUCGACUGCACUGAUCCUGGCAGCCAGGCUGGCUGUAGAGGGUAUGGUGGAGGAACUGAUUGCCUGCCACGCUGAUGUCAAUGCUGUGGAUGAGAUGGGUAAAUCAGCCCUGCACUGGGCAGCAGCUGUCAACAAUGUAGAGGCCACAAUCGCACUGCUGAAGAAUGGGGCGAACAAGGACAUGCAGGACAGCAAAGAGGAGACACCACUGUUCCUGGCAGCCCGGGAAGGCAGUUAUGAGGCGGCCAAAAUCCUGCUGGAUCACUUUGCCAACCGUGAAAUCACAGAUCACAUGGAUCGUCUGCCACGUGAUGUGGCUCAGGAGCGUCUGCACCACGACAUUGUUCGGCUUUUGGAUGACUACAAUACCGUACGCAGCCCACAGGGGGCACUGCCUGCUGGCCACUCCCUCUCCCCUCUCAUGUGCCCUCCCAAUAGCUUCUUACCCAGCCUCAAGCCCACGCCACAGGGCAAGAAGAGCCGGCGUCCUAGCACCAAGAAUGCAACAGCAGGCAGCAGUGCGAGCCUGGCACGGGAGAGCAAAGAGGCCAAAGCACGUGCCAAGAAGCUCAACCUGGAGUGCCAAGGCUCUCUCCUGGAGAGCUCUGUCACCCUGUCUCCUGUUGACUCACUGGACUCCCCCUAUGUGCCCAAUCCUGCCUCACCGGGGGUCUUCCACACAGCCAGUGCCUCAUUAUCAGUACCUUCCACUCCCAUGGUCCAUGGCAUGAUGGAGGCACCCUUUGCUGUCAGUUUGGCACGCCUCAGCGACCUAGGGGAUGGCACCCUUCUCUCUAUGAACCGCCUCUCAGUGCCACCAGGCCGCAUGGGGCUCAGUCUGGGCAUGGUGAGCCCUGUGGCCAUGCCUUUUGAUUGGCAUGCCCGUGUUCCUACUUCCCAGUGCCAGCCAAUCAUAGGGGUUGUGCACCCGGCUGCCUCCCAUCCCAACCUACAUCAGCCAGGCCAAGCUUUCCCGCCAGGAUUGCUUCUGCCUAACCACAUGACCAUGGGGCACAGCUCCCAGGGGUUACCCAACCCAGCUCCUACGCAGACCAAGGAGGUAGCCCAGCCCAUGCCCCCACCAGCUACCACCAUGCGUACCAACCAGCCUGUCUCACCCCAGGAGGGCCAGGGGGCACCACGUGCAGGGCCCCCACAGUACUUAAAGGCAGCAGGGGUAGAGGAUUACCCAACGCCACCCUCUCAACAUAGUUACACACAGGGGCAGGAUGCUACACCCAAGCACUUCCUCCAUCCGCCUAGUGAGCACCCCUACCUGACUCCUUCACCAGAGUCCCCAGAGCAGUGGAGCAGCCCUUCACCCCACUCCUUGUCCGACUGGUCUGAAUCUACACCGAGUCCUACUGUAUUGGGGCCCAGCCACACCCAGCUUCCUUCAGCGGAGCCAUCUGCUAAGAUGCAGGUGUUUGCAUGAGGAGCUGGAUAGUAGAACAGAUCCCAGAGGCCUGUGCCCCUUUGUGGCCCCCAUUGGGGCCUGCACCUGCCUCAGGGGUCCUGUUGUUUCCCACAGUUGUGUUUUUAUAAGAAAAAGACUCAAGUGUAAAAAUACGUUGUUGUUUUUUAAAACGAAUGCCUGAUCUGGGAGCGGAAAGGCAUGGCCUUCCCAUUCCCUCACUGCCACGGAGCCCAGGCUGGCCCUCGAUAUGUUUCUCCCCUGUUACCAUGGCAACUAGGUUUCUGGGGAGGAUUUUUUUAAAAAAAGAGAACCUUUUUUUGUAUAAACUUUGCAUUUACUCCAAACGCUUUAUUUUUUACAAUGUAUUCAAUGUCAGGUCCCUGUUGUGCUACUCUUCUUCCUAUGCAUCUUGAGCUGUGAGGAAGGAGAGGAAACUGCACCCCAUGCUCCCCCUCUGUGUGGCACUGUCUCUUGGGUCGAGCACCCACCUCCCUUCCCACCAUGUUGGGUCGGGAUUCUGCUCACUGUAUUUGUGUACUGGGUACGCAGCAUUAUCCCAGACUGGCAUUGCCAUGCAAAGGGCUGAGCCCCAAACCUGCCACUGUCCUGCAGGGAACUUAGCCCCCUGUGUCCCCCCCCCCAACUUGGCACUUCAUCACAUUCCAGGUUAAUUUAUUCAUCUUAAAUUCUACAGCAUUCCCACCCCAUCUUCUGCAUAUCCCCUCUUGAAUUUCCAAAUGCUAGCCAUGGUCACAGGGAUUUCCCAGUCUCCAGAGAAUUCUGAGCCACUCUUGUGUUUUGUUUUGUUUUUAAAAUGCCUGGUCUUUUCUGACAUUCCUCCCAUCUUGUUUGAGGCUGCCUUCGGCCUACCUCUACAGUUACAUUUUCUUAUGUGAUGAGUUCCUUGCCCCGUGGUACUGUGGAGAUCUUGGGGGCAGCCACAGACACCCAAAUGUUUCACUUUGGCAUAAAAGGUACCGAGAUAAUACGAAAUACAACCCAUUGCUCCUUAAAACGUCUGGCCCUGGACCACCUGCUCUCCUCACUCCCUGCCUUCUCGCACUUACAUUCCAGCUAUUCCUGGCUGUAAAUACCGCUGGUGGGAGCAGUAGCCAGGCAGAGCCUCGAUCUGGUGGUGACUGCUGCUUCCUCCUCCCUUCCCCAUGCAGUGUAGCAUAGUGGGGGAAUGGACCCGUGCGAGUCACCCCUCUGCAAUUAGGACCAUUUCUAGCUCAUUUUAAAAACCUUUUAAAUAAAUAAAUAAAAAAUCCAGUGUAAACCAAGUAGCUUUAAAGCAGCUGGGUGCUUUGUGUACAGAGCGGCUUGAGCCGUGGCAUAAUAAACAUAGCUAAUAAGGAAA